ACUUUCUCCUCCUUCAAGAAAAAGACAACAAUGAUAUAAAAAUUGUAGAAGAAAGUGCAAAGUUAACUGAAAUUGGAAUAUGGAUGGAUAAUGUUACAGCUACAUGGAGAAAAGAAUCUGAACCAACAUUAAGUGGGAUAUCUUUAAACGUUCAGUCUGGAGAUUUAUUAACUAUUAUAGGUCCUGUUGGAUCGGGAAAGACAUCUCUUUUAAUGUCCAUGUUGAGAGAGAUUCCUGUUACUUCUGGUGAAGUGUCAAUAAAAGGAAAAAUCGCGUAUGCUUCUCAAGAAGCUUGGGUGUUCAACGCAACUAUCAGAGAAAAUAUUUUGUUCGGGGAAGAAUAUGAAGAACAGAAAUACAAAAAUGUCUUGCAUAUAACGGCUCUUGAAAAGGAUAUAAGAAUAUUUCCUAAAGGAGAUCUGACUAUUGUAGGAGAAAGAGGAGUAAUAAUGAGCGGUGGUCAAAAAGCAAAAAUUAAUCUAGCAAGAGCACUAUACCUAGAUGCAGAUAUAUUCCUCUUUGAUGAUCCAUUAAGUGCUGUUGAUGUUCCAGUGGCAAAACAUAUAUUCGAAAAAUGUAUAAUAGAAUAUUUGAAAGACAAGAUUUGCAUUCUUGUUACGCAUCAAAUACACUUUUUAAACUCUGCAAGUAAAAUUUUACUGUUAAAUAAGGGAAAAUGUGAGUUUGUUGGCAAUUACAAUCAGAUGAAAAACUCUAAAAUGCUUAAAGGAAUUUUGUCAAAGAAAGAAAUAGCUGAAAAUAGCAAGGACUUAAAAAAUGUACUUUUCAAUGGUGAUGAAAUAAUUGAAACUACUGAAUCUGAUUUGAUUGAUGACAUUGAAGAUAAUAAUAACAGCAACAAAAAAUUUCAAGAAAACAAAUUACCACGAGAUGAAGGAGGAGAUGGAAAAGUAGAAAUUUUAGUUUAUAAAGCUUAUUUGAAUGCUGGUCCAGGUUUCUUCUUCAAGAUUGUUAUAUUCAUUAUUCUAGUUGCAUCUCAAGUUAUUACAAGUGCCAGUGACUAUUGGUUGAUCAAAUGGUUGAAAGAUAACAGAAUCUAUAGCCAAAGUAUAGGGAAACUCGAAAACAUUACAUCCAAGAGUACAAUUUUAAAUAAUAUUGAAGGCAAAAAUUUUUAUCAUACUGAAGAAUUUAACAUAUAUGCUUAUUUUGGACUUAUAUGUGUAGUAUACAUCAUGAUGUUACUUUCUGUAUUAUUAUUGUACAAAUAUUUCACAGCUGCCUCUAUCAACCUUCACAAUAAAAUGCUCCAUUGUAUUAUGAGAACUCCAAUAUCAUUUUUGGAUAACAAUGCUGUUGGAAAAAUAUUAAAUAGGUUUUCAAAAGAUGUCAGUAUUAUGGAUGAUGCCUUACCUUUCACUAUUAAUUUUUCCAUAAGAAAUAACGUUCUAGAACCUCUGUACCGUGAAGACAUCCUUACUUUGUACGAAAAUGACCAAACAAUUGUAUACGUGCAUCAAGACACAGCUUUUAGUCAUACCUCCAAAUUGACUCGAGAUUUCAUCCAUGUAUUGGAACAGAAAACGGGAAUCCAUAUUAUCCCUUUCGGUGACAUUUUCAUGAAGUCAUCUGACGCGACUUUAGUGGANAUUGCAAGUUUAGAUGAUGCAGGAAGCCAAAUUGGACUUAUUAUAAAUUAUGGAAUAGUAUUAAUUACAAACUUUCAACAUGUUAUUAAGUAUUCAUCUGAAGCGGAAUUUCAGAUGAACUCAGUAAAACGUAUACUGGAUUACAGCAAAUUAAAGUCAGAAGCAUCGUACGAAAGUUCACCUAAUAAACAACCACCCCAAGAUUGGCCACAAGAAGGAGAAAUUCAAUUCGAUACUGUUUCUCUACAAUAUACCAACAAUAAAAAUACUGUUUUAAAGAAUUUAUCAUUUUGUAUUCACUCUGGAGAAAAAAUAGGAAUUGUUGGGAGAACAGGAGCUGGAAAGAGUUCUAUUAUUGCUUCGUUAUUUCGCAUGACAGAACCAAUGGGAAGAAUAACUAUCGAUGGAAUUGACACUAAAAAUAUUGGUCUUCGAAAUCUACGCAGUAAAUUAUCCAUCAUUCCUCAAGAUCCUAUGUUAUUUACUGGUCCUCUUCGAAGAAAUAUCGAUCCUUUCAAUGAAUAUACAGAAGAGAUGCUGUGGCAAGCCAUAGAAAAGGUACAGUUAAAAGGAAUUAUUAGUAAAUUACCUGGAGGUUUGGAUACACAUUUGACAGAAGGAGGAAGAAAUUUCAGCGUAGGAGAAAGACAAUUAAUUUGCCUUGCCAGAACAAUCCUUCGUCAGAAUAAAAUUCUUGUCAUGGACGAAGCAACAGCCAAUAUAGACAAAAGCACCGAUAACUGCAUACAGAAGAUAAUUCGAGAGAAAUUCAAAUCAUGUACAGUGUUGACAAUAGCCCAUAGAUUAAAUACAAUUAUCGAUUCAGAUAGAGUUAUGGUAAUGGAUGUAGGAAGAUUACAAGAAUUUGACUCACCAUAUGCAUUACUAAAAAAUGUAAAUGGUACUUUUUAUAAUUUGGUAAAGAACACAGGAGUAACUUCGAUGAAUGAGUUAUACAAAAUUGCCGAGAAGAAGUAUUAUGCCAAGGAAACUAUCGCAAGAACAAAAUUAUAGCCUAAAGCAAAAAAACAUCAUUCAUAUAUAUUCAUUUUUGUAGAUAUGUAAAAUGUUUCUUUAAUUAAGAGAUGUUCAUAAAAACAUCUCUUUGAAAUAUUAAUUCUGAAAAAACCUAAUACAGAAAAUUUCA